UGAUCAACUUCCUUAUAUGAAAUGAAAGGGUCAACUGGUGCAAGCGUCCAUAACCCUGAUGAAGUGAUUGUUGAUCUUGACGCUGAUAUUAAAUAUGAGCGUGAUGCAAAUUUAUCCAACUCAAAGACAGGCACAGAGUGCUUACCAAUUGCAGAUAUGUCUGAGAUCAGGAAGAAAGGGACAUCACGACGAAACUCAAAGCUGCUCGUUAAAAAUAAGAAGUCCAGGUUUGAAGACAUAGUAUGGGAGUAUACAAGAUUGGGAAAAGUUAGCAGCAAAGAGCAAGAUGAAGAUUGGUUCAUAGAUGAAGACUUUUUUGAGGAAUCCAUAUCUAAGAAGUUAAGUUUGUGGACAAUUUUUCAACUGGUGAGUCUCGUGUUGAUUCUGAUGGCAUUAACCUGUACCUUCUCAGUUUCUAAACUAAAGAAACUAAAACUAUGGGAUCUUCCAUUGUGGAAGUCGGAAAUCUUCUUAUUAGUGAUCAUAUCAGGCCAUUUACUCUGCGGUUGGGGUGUACGAGCUAUAGUUUUCUGUAUCGAACGUGGUUUUUUACAGAAGCUGAGGGUUCUUUACUUUGUGUAUGGACUCAAAAAGGCUUUUCAGAAUUGCCUGUGGGUAGUUCUAAUCGUGAUUGCUUGACAUUUCUUGGUAGUAGAAAAGAUGGCUUACGAGAGGAAAAGCAAAGUAUUACGUUAUCUGACGAAAAGUCUGCUCUGCAUAUUGGUGGCUACCUUGAUCUGGUUUAUGAAGGUAAUUAUUGUUAAGAUUCUUGCUUCAUCAUCACAAUAAGAAGUUUUUCAAAAGAAUCACACAGUAUCUUGUCAAACAAUAUGUGAUAAAAAGCUUAUCAGACUCCCUAAAUGGUGAAAAUAGUAUGUCACAAAAGGGUGAGAUGAGGAAUGUAACAGAUGCCAAGAAUAUUAGUAGUACUACUUACUUUCCAUGGGGAUUUGAUGGAAAAAGGAGCCAUAAACGCUCGAAUAAUUGUUUACAAAAAUGGACUAGAUUGUAUAUGUCUAACAUGGGAAAGAAGAGUGUAAAGAGGCUAGUUCAAGGAGGGCUCAUCCCAACUCUUUCAACUAUGGACGAAGAUUUUUCUGAUUUAAGUGACGAAGAGGAUGAGGAAUCAUCUUGUCGCAAUGCUAGAAAGCUAGCUCGGAAGAUAUUCAAGAAAGUCGCUAAGGGAUCUGAGUGUAUUGGACUGGAGGAUUUGAAACGCUUUGUGGCACAUGAAAAAGCUUUGAAGAGCAUUGAUCUAUUUGAAGGAAGAGAAGAAGAAGCACGUAUUGAUCAACAAUAUUUCAUCAAUUGGAUGGUUGAGGCGUUCAAGGAAAGGAGAUAUAUUCUAUGUUCUCUAAAUGAUGCAAAAACAGCAGUGGAGGAACUUCAUCGUUUGAUGAACGUACUUGUGUCCUUGCUCAUUUUGAUCCUCUGGCUUUUCCUUUUUGAGAUUCAAAUAAGUCAUCUUCUCGUGCUUGUAAGCUCUCAGCUGCUCGUGAUGGGAUUCAUCUUCGGAAACACCUGCAGGACAGUAUUCGAGGCAAUCAUAUUUCUGUUUAUAAUGCACCCAUUCGACGUGGGUGAUCGUUGUGAAGUAGAUGGAGUGCAGGCAAGCAUCAUUUUUACUGCCUCUAAAGUUAUAGCUUACUUACCUGCUCAUUUAUGCAUGUUUCAAUACAGAUGGUUGUAGAGGAGGUGAAUAUUCUAACAACUAUAUUUGAGAGAUAUGACUUCCAAAAGGUUACUAAGGCCAUUGGUAAUUAUAACCGCAGUGGUGAUAUGGCAGAUCAAAUUGAGUUCUCUAUUCACAUUUCUACUCCCUGGGACAAUAUUAUCACUAUGAAGGAAAAGAUAAAGAGGUAUAUAGAAAGCAAUGGUAAGUAUUGGUACUCAAAGCCAGUAAUUUUUGUGAAGGAUGUACAAGAUAUGAACAGAUUAGUAAUGACAGUUUGGCCGCGGCACAAAAUGAACCAUCAAGACAUGAUGGAGAGAUGGAUUAGAAGAUCCUCAUUGAUCGAUGGAAUGAUCAAUAUUUUCCGGGAGCUAAAUAUCGAAUACAGGAUGCUGCCUCUUGAAGUUAACGUCCGAAACUUGCCUGGAACAUCAGAUAGGCUUGUUUCAAAUUGGAGUACUUGUUCUGCACCAUAUUACAACGUUUAAAUGUUCCUAUGGUGCCAUUACAGACACUCCUGCAACUCUAUAAGGCGCUGUUUAUAUGAUUUUUCAUGGGUAAGAAGAUGAGAAGUAGCAGUAAUGCCUGUUAUGAAUAAGAUGUAACUGUGGCCUGUGGAUGCUUCUGGUAAUUCAUGAAUUCACAGAAAUGUUUAUUAGUGGCUCUACUUCUCUGUAAUAGCCAAAAUAGUAAUUGCAAAAGAAGCAUUAGUCGAAUAAUCUGAAGAAAAUGCUACACCUAUUUUGAAUUUGAAUCCACAUUGUAGAGCAAAAUUUGCAUGUUGAUUAGCAUUCAAAU